AUGCGUUUCAUCAGUGCAAAGGUCAUCUUGUGCGAGUAUGGCCUCCUCUCCUUCAGAUUUCUGGCCUGUUGGCAUGCACUAAGAAGCCUCGUAUGCGUCCAGGCGAAGAACUCCACAUGUCCGGCACAAACUUCAGGUUCACUAAUGCUGCAAGCCCGUCAAAGCACCAUGAAGUCGCAGUCGCAGCGUGCGGACGGCUUCAUGACAAUGUGGAGCGACAGUGCCACCACGAUCGUCGGAGGCUCGUGCGAAUAUGCCAAUUCUGCGAACGGCGGGCUCGGGUCGCCAGCUGCAUCGAGCCCUUACAUAGCCUCUGAAGGCUACUGCGCAGUGGACAGCACGCUUUACUCCUCGGGAGGGGCCUGUGGCUCGUGUUGGCGUGUCUCCUACGACGGGAGUACUGCUACCGAUCCGGGUGUGCCCGGUAGCAUGGUGGUCCAAGUUGUCGACUCUGGGAGCGCGAAGACCUUUGACUGCCACUUGACGGCGUUUCAAAGAAUCACAGGGGCUUCCACUGGAGUUUUUCCGAUAACCUACGAGCCUGUCGACUGCGACGUCGGAAGCGCUGGGCCUGUGGCGACGGUGCUCGACGGUGACAAUGCCUGGUACACGAAAGUGAUUUUCUCAAAUCUGGUUUCUGGCGUUUUGAAGGCUGACCUGUUCUUGGGGGAGAGUGCCUUCACAAUGAGCAGGGUAAGUGGCGCCACCUGGUCGGCCAGCACUGCCGGGAAGAGAGAUGCUGCUUCGUUUGCCGUGACAUUGGACACAGGAGACAUCAUCGCUUUCCGUUGCUUUGAUUCCUGGCCAGUUCCAACGGGAAGCUCUUGCACAGGCCCUUCCGCUUCCACAGCACGACCCACACAGAGUACCACAACCACUACGACAGAGAUUCCAAGCACCACAACUAGAACAGAAGAUUCAACGACAACCACAACCCUCACGGAAACCUCACUGCCAGCUUCCAAAGUUUGGAGCCCGGUAGAUGGUGGAGAAGGCCGUGCAUGCCGGGGAGGCUUUCCUGGAGAUAACUCUCCCAGCUACUAUACCGUUACCAUGGCCCAAAGCUUGGAGGCUUGUCAGAAGGCCUGUGAGCUCAGGGAGGAGUGCGUCGGCGUGGAGUUUUCGGGAAGCCGAUGCGAGACCUGGACACGGAGCCAGGGUAUCCAGAGCAGUAAAGCCCUGUCCAACUUUUGGUGCCUCUCCUACUCUUUGCCCAGACUUGGUCGCUUCGAGCCAGUGGACGGAGGCCGUGACCGUGCCUGUCGGGGUGCCACACCGGCAGACAAUUCUGCUUUGUACUACCGGGUCGUCGGAAGCAUCCGGAGCCUGGAGCAGUGUCAGUCGCAAUGCUGGCAGACGGAAGGAUGCCAGGGGGUCGAGUACAGCAGGGGCCGAUGUGAAGUCUGGACGCGCCCACAGGGCAUCCAGGCGAGCAUAGUGCUGAGCGGCGGCUCGGAGAAGGGCGCAACUCAGAAGAGUCCGAUUUGGAGGACAACUCCUGCGGCGGACCAGGCGACUGCCCCGGCGAACCCGAAGAAGGCACGCCGUCCGGCCCCCUACGCCACCUCCGUGAUCCCCGAGGAGGAUGCCAUGAGCGAGCGCAGCUGCGUCGAGGUAAAUCCGAAGCAUCCGGUGCCGCUGCCGCCCAAGCUGAAGCCCAUGGAUCACUGGGACCUUAUCGUCGCCUUUGACACCCACAAGUUCCGAAAGGAAUACGAGGCCUACGUGAAGGCAGGCAAGCACGCUCACAUGGCCAAGUUCAAGAAUGUCCUUGACACGCAGAUGAAGGAAUUCAGGCAGAUGCAGGAUGAUGAGGAACGGGCACGACAGCAAGAACGUCAGGACAUGCUCAACCAAGUCAAGGAGAAUCAGCGAAUUGCUGCAGCAGAAAAGGCACAUCACGAUGCGGUGAGGGACAAGGCCAAAAGCAUCAACGAGCAGAGCCUGGAAAGCCUGCGAAGACGGCGAAAGGCAGACGAGGAAAGGCGGCAGCGCGAGCAAGAUUGCAUGCUAAAGUGGCUGCACAACGAAAAUGAGCGUCUUCGCCAGCAGCGCAUCGCAGAUGCAGAAGAGUAUGCUCGGAAGUGCAAGCAAGCACAAGACGAGAUGCUAGAAGCCAUGGAAGAAGCAGCGAGAAGAAAGAAGGCACGACAGGAUGAAGAUAAGGCUUUCGCGAUGGCCGGGGAACAGGCCGCAGACGAUGCGGAGGCAAGAAAUCGAGCAGCCGUCCAAGCCAGAAUGGAUCAGAUUGAGAGGAACUGCCAGACGAUCGGAGCCGACAUCGCCGGGCGUGAUGCUCGACUUGAAGCCGAACUCCAGGCAAAAAUCAAGAAGAUCCAGGAUGAUUCCGACCAGGCGGCGAAAGAGGACGCGGCCCGGCGCAAGGCGGACCGCGAUGCUAAGGUCAAGGACAUGCUGGACACCCUGAACCUGCAGAUGAAGCAGCGAGACGACGAAGCGCAGAGGGAGAAGGAGGACGGAAUCAAGCAGGCUCGGCUCUUCCAGGAGCAGUACGAGCAAGGACUCGCAGCAGACAGGGCCAAGGAAGAGAGGGCCCGACAAGCCCGGUUGGCGAUGGAUGCCCAGCUGGUGGAGAAGAUGAGGAGCAAUGCAGUCGUCCAUCCACGGGACUUCGGCGCUCACCUCACUCAGCAGCAGGAGUUGGCCUACAACCGUGGCCUCUACGAGCAGAUGGCCGUGGAGGGCUUCAUGAUGCCCCUGACAUCGAAGUUCCUGCCCCAGGCCACCCAUACAGGGAAGCUGGAUCCGCAUCCCUCUUGCGGUCGCUACACAGGUGAGAUCGACGCGUUGGAGGUGCGGCAAGUCGACUGA